AUGACGGGCAUUGGCUUGAGGCGUGAGGUGUUGGCGUUGUACCGGGACGUGCUGCGCGUGGCGAAGGACUUCCCAGACCGCAGCAUCGGCCGCAAGCUGCAAUACAACGCGAGAGAGUUGCUGCGUCUGAGACGACGUGAGAGCAACGCUGCGCGUAUCCAGACGCACUUGGAGGAGGGCCGUGACGCAUUGCGUGUGUACCAGGUGCUGCAAAAUGACCCUGAACUGCUCACGGCCAUUAAAAGGAAGAAAACACCGAUUGCAGAUGCAAAGAAAUAG